UUUGGGAAGCAAGUGGGAGGAGAGCAGGCCAAGGGGCUAUAUAACCCUUCAGCUUUCAGCUUCCCUGAACGCCACCCAGUGUGGAGCAGCCCAGCCAAGCACUGUCAGGAAUCCUGUGAAGCAGCUCCAGCUAUGUGUGAAGAAGAGGACAGCACUGCCUUGGUGUGUGACAAUGGCUCUGGGCUCUGUAAGGCCGGCUUUGCUGGGGACGAUGCUCCCAGGGCUGUUUUCCCAUCCAUUGUGGGACGUCCCAGACAUCAGGGGGUGAUGGUGGGAAUGGGACAGAAAGACAGCUACGUGGGUGACGAAGCACAGAGCAAAAGAGGAAUCCUGACCCUGAAGUACCCGAUAGAACAUGGCAUCAUCACCAACUGGGAUGACAUGGAAAAGAUCUGGCACCACUCUUUCUACAAUGAGCUUCGUGUUGCCCCUGAAGAGCAUCCCACCCUGCUCACGGAGGCACCCCUGAACCCCAAGGCCAACCGGGAGAAAAUGACUCAAAUUAUGUUUGAGACUUUCAAUGUCCCAGCCAUGUAUGUGGCUAUCCAGGCGGUGCUGUCUCUCUACGCCUCUGGACGCACAACUGGCAUCGUGCUGGACUCUGGAGAUGGUGUCACCCACAAUGUCCCCAUCUAUGAGGGCUAUGCCUUGCCCCAUGCCAUCAUGCGUCUGGAUCUGGCUGGCCGAGAUCUCACUGACUACCUCAUGAAGAUCCUGACUGAGCGUGGCUAUUCCUUCGUUACUACUGCUGAGCGUGAGAUUGUCCGGGACAUCAAGGAGAAACUGUGUUAUGUAGCUCUGGACUUUGAAAAUGAGAUGGCCACUGCCGCAUCCUCAUCCUCCCUUGAGAAGAGUUACGAGUUGCCUGAUGGGCAAGUGAUCACCAUCGGAAAUGAACGUUUCCGCUGCCCAGAGACCCUGUUCCAGCCAUCCUUCAUCGGGAUGGAGUCUGCAGGCAUCCAUGAAACCACCUACAACAGCAUCAUGAAGUGUGAUAUUGACAUCAGGAAGGACCUCUAUGCUAACAAUGUCCUAUCAGGGGGCACCACUAUGUACCCUGGCAUUGCCGACCGAAUGCAGAAGGAGAUCACGGCCCUAGCACCCAGCACCAUGAAGAUCAAGAUCAUUGCCCCUCCGGAGCGCAAAUACUCUGUUUGGAUCGGUGGCUCCAUCCUGGCCUCUCUGUCCACCUUCCAGCAGAUGUGGAUCAGCAAACAGGAAUACGAUGAAGCCGGGCCUUCCAUUGUCCACCGCAAAUGCUUCUAAAACACUUUCCUGCUCCUCUCUGUCUCUAGCACACAACUGUGAAUGUUCUGUGGAAUUAUGCCUUCAGUUCUUUUCCAAAUCAUUCCUAGCCAAAGCUCUGACUCGUUACCUAUGUGUUUUUUAAUAAAUCUGAAAUAGGCUACUGGUAA